AUGGAUGAUGAAGUAUCUGCGCUGCUUAAACAGAUUAAUAUCACCGAACUUGUCAAAGUCGCAACUGCACUGAACAAAGGAGAGCAUUGUACAUUCCGUACUAAUAAGCACACUGGAGAUGAUUCUAUGAUGGGAUGCGCAAACUACCACGCGAGCAUAUUGUUUGACAGUGGAGAAGGAUGGCUGGUACGUGUCCCUAGGACAAGUGGAAGUCCUUUGCCCGCCAGCUCAGUGGAAUAUCUCGUUUCCAGCGAAUAUGCUACUCUGAAGUUCCUGGAAUCGACGAAGGUACCGGCUCCGAAAGCGUUCGGAUAUGGACUUGUUUCUGAUGCUCUGAACAAAGUCGGAGUGAAUUUUUUGUUGAUGGAGCGUUUGCCCGGGAAGCCAUACCAGGAAUAUAUGGCGAACAAGCUACAGAAACAGCUUGUCUUGCAACAGUUGAGCCAUAUUUUGAUCGAGAUAAACAGACACCCGUUUGACAAAGUGGGUUCUCUUUUACUGGAGAAGGGGAAAGUCCACGUAUCUGCAGUUGCAAGCAAUCGCUUCGGUACACUCGAUCAAUAUGGUCCGUUCAAUAGUGCCGUUGAGUACUUCUCCAAAAUUGCAGACCAUUAUCUAGAGCUUAUUGUUGAUGGGAAGCUUUUCUAUUCUAAAACGCUUCGCUAUCAUAUACCGGAUUUAUGCUGCACGAAUAACACAGAGGCAUCUCUACAGUUCUUCUUGAAACAUGUCGACGAUAAAGGUGAUCAUAUUCUUGUGGAUGAAAACUACAACAUCACUGGAGUUAUUGACUGGCAAUUUGCAAGAGUUGUUCCCGCGUGCGAGGCAUUUGGACCUUCCCUUGUUACAGCGGACCUCAAUGCUCUUUAUACUGGCCAAGCUGGCUCCACUAACAUGGAUAGGCUGCUGGCUCUGGCAUUUCAGGAACAAGGGGAGCAUACAUUGGCUGAAUACGCAGGCGGGAGCGAUUUCUUGCGCAGGUUCCAUUUUGGUCUUGCGAGUGGCUUGGAAAGAGAAGAAAUCCGCCAGAUGUUGCUGGGUCUUAUCGUCAGUCUCGGCGCACCCAGUGAAACAGAUAUCGAGGACUGGAUGAGCAAAGAAGCAAUUCGCUAUUCCGAUGAUCCACAGUGGCUGAAAAUCGACGUUUUGCAGUUGGAAAAGAAAAACCUAAGCCCCAAGAUAUUGUGA